UUUCAACUACCCACAAUUCCCACGAAUUAAAUUAGUAGCGCGACAGACUGUUUUGCACCGAAAAGAUGACUGAAAAUUAAGGUCAAUUUCGGGUCAGGCAUUUGCAUACAAAAAAUACACGUGAAGACCACGCUGCUUUUAUGAACAGGUUUUCAAGAUAUUUCAGUCAGUUUGUUGGUAACAGUAAUAUGAAGUAUAUACUGGUUACCGGAGGUGUGAUCAGUGGCAUUGGGAAGGGGGUCAUCUCCAGCAGUGUGGGGACCAUACUCAAAGCAUGCGGACUGCGUGUGACAUCUAUAAAGAUAGACCCAUACAUUAACAUUGAUGCUGGGACAUUCUCCCCAUAUGAACAUGGCGAGGUAUUUGUAUUGGAUGAUGGUGGAGAAGUUGACUUGGAUUUAGGAAACUAUGAGAGGUUUCUAGACAUCAAAUUACACCGAGACAACAACAUCACAACAGGAAAGAUUUAUCAGUAUGUGAUCAAUAAGGAAAGAAGGGGGGACUAUCUCGGCAAAACAGUGCAAGGUAAAUAUUUCACAGAAAAUAGAUAA